AUGCUUGAUAUUUCACGAAACCUUCCUCCUUUACGACAGGCUAAACAACUAUUCAACCACUUUGCAACAACACUGCAGCCCACGUUUGGAGUUCUACAUAUCCCCUCGACUAAUUUGUUGAUGGAAAGAACUUACGAGGGCCUGCUUGAAGGGGAUGCGCCUUCUGCAGAGAACUUGAUGUUGCUUUUUAGCAUCUUUGCUGGGGCUGCAUUGGUCUGGACCCCACAGCUUCUUGUGAAGUUGCAGUCCACUCGUGAAGAAGCCAAGACGGCUUUCCAGGCAUAUGCCCGUCUUGCCCUAGAUAUUUUGGAUCAUCCGUCUCGGCUCAUCCAGGCAUCGACUACGUCUCUCGUGGCUAUCGGGACUAUGGCUCAUUUAUUGAUGAACACAGAUGGGUUUCCUUUCAAAGUCCACCUCCUUCGCCAUCGUUGCCUGUUGAUGUCACGAGAGAUGCAAAUUCAUCGGUUAGACACGGCAAAAAGCUGCAAGGAGCGGCGAUUGAAGGGAUGUAAUAUGAUCGAUGUCGAGGUUCAGAGACGAAUAUGGUGGAAUAUGGUGGCAUCUGACUGGUUACUUUCAUUUCAUGGCAGUGCAUUUGAAGGAGCAUACACAUUUCACCCCAGACACAUGAAUGUAAACCUCCCCAGCAACACUGAUGAUGAAUUCAUCACGUCGACUGGAAUUCAGCAGGACCAUCCGCUAUCCGUCCCCACCUCCAUGUCUGCUUUUAUCAUGCGGGUGAAGUGUGCUGCACUAUGUCGAGAAGUCAUCGAUACUCUACCAUCUAUACUCCUCGACUCCACCGAGCCAGAUUAUGAUACCAUUCUUGCACUGGAUGCCAAAUUCCAGGAUCAUCUCAACGAACUCCCCGUCUACUUCAAAACGGACCCUACUAGCAUUGAGCAAAGCCGGGAGAUAUGCAAAAACCGACCCACCAUUGCCUGGCAGCGGAUCAGCAUCCAUUUCGCCAUCCACACCCGGCUCUGCCGACUCCACCGGCCAUAUCACCUAGAGGGUAUCACAAACACUAAAUACGCAUACUCCCAUCAAGUGUGUAUUCGAUCUGCCCAAACCAUUCUGGAGCUGAGACGCUCAAUGGAUGAGAUCGGUCUCGAGGUUGGACUCAAAGCAGGACGGUUCUUAACUGUAAUGCACCACGUCUGUUUCGCGGCCCUCAUUCUGGCUAUGGACGUCUCGUUCAAUCCUUCUGCGCCAGACGCAGAGCAUCGUAAGACCAAGGUCCUGGCUGCGUACCAGACCUUGGAGAAGUCGAAGCAAGAAUCAAAUUACCUGCUGGAAGGGAUUCAAAAGAAUCUUCAGACCCUGAUGUCCACACUCCACAAAAAUGAUCAUACUAUCCACAACUCGCACGAGUCUGUGUUACCAUCCUCGAGCUGCGGCCAGAGUCACUCAGUCACGGUACAACCUUCAUCUACAACGGUGAUGAAUGGGUUAGUCGAUGGUGGGGGUGCCUUAAUCAACGAUAUUAACGAAGAAGGCUGGGAGCAACUGUGGUCUGAAUUUGUGGCUGUAGCGCCCGAGCUGGACGUGCCGCAGUGGAGCUCGUUAUUAGAAGAUGUCGAUUUUAAUCCGCCGCUGAAUAUCUUCUAG